AUGGCGGAUCCCGCGGAGCCGGAGCACGGUGAGGAAAGGUAUGGAUCUGCAUCCUUGAUCUGCUCCAAGGAGCACGCUCAAAUUGAAAAAGUCUCACCUGGUAGCUUAGUACAGAUAGAGCUAGACAAGAUUGGUGAGAAACACAGGUUCAAGAGGAUUUUUGUAGCUCUUAGGCCUUGUAUAGAUGGAUUCAAAGCUGGGUGUAGACCUUUUGUUGGUGUAGAUGCAUCCAGUUUAAAUGGCAAGUACAGAGGCCAGUUAGCUUCAGCAACAAGUGUAGAUGGACACAAUUGGCUCUAUCACAUAGCCUAUGCAAUCUUUGACUCAGAAACAGAAGACAAUUGGAAGUGGUUUAUGGAGCAUUUGUGCAAAGUCAUUGGAGAUGUUCCAAACUUGGUCAUAUGCACAGAUGCAUGUAAAGGACUAGAGACAGCAGUGGGUGCUGUGUUCCCACAAGCUGAGAAUAGAGAAUGCAUGAGGCAUCUCUAUCAGAACUUCAUGAAGCACUAUUCUGGUGAGGUGAUCACUGAUCAUUUGUACCCUGCAGCUAGAAGCUACACACAAGGCAUGUUUGAAUGGCACAUGAAGAAGAUAUUUGAGUUUGAUCCUGACACAAUAGAUUACCUAGAUCAGCACCACAAUAGGAUCUGGUACAGAUGUGCCUUCUCUGAAAGCUCAAAGUGUGAUUUCUUGACAAAUAAUGUCUCAGAGAGCUUCAAUGCUCAGAUAAAGAAGUUCAAAGGUUUGCUAGUGCAUGAAUUAGUUGACAGAAUCAGAGAGCUUAUAAUGGAGAAGAGGUACACAAGAAAGGUGCUUGCUAGGCAGUGGGAAGAUGGGGUACUCCCAAAUGUGAUGAAGGACCUGAACUUGAUCAGCAACAACCUCAAAGUGGUCAAAGUAGCAGUUAGUGAUGUUGACAUUGCAGAAGUCACCAUCUUGGAUGACUGGAACAAUCAGAAAAGGCACACAGUGGACAUCCACAACCACAAAUGCUCAUGUAGAGAGUGGCAGGUGACAGGCAAGCCCUGCAAACAUGCUUUGGCAUGGAUUCUGUCCAAUAGAGGGUUAAAGAUUGAAGAUUAUGUCCAUGAAUACUACUCUGUGGCUAAGUUCAAAGCAGCCUAUGAGGACAGAAUUGAGCCUUUGCCAGAUAGGUCACAGUGGCCACAAGUGCAACUUGGAUUCAAUGUCUAUCCACCAUUGCUGGGUAGAGGAGCAGGAAGACCCAAGGUGCAAAGGAUUAGAGGUUUCUUGGAGAAAAGAGCUGCAAAAAAGAAGGUUAGAUGCAAGAGAUGUAGAGAUUUUGGUCACUUUGAAAAAACUUGCAAGCUACCAGAGGUUGGAGAAGAUGGUCAGACAGCUGCACCUAAGAACAAGUCCAAGAAAAGCUAA